AUGGAGGAAACACGCGUAGACGUACCAGAAGGAUUCGACUUUGAAACAUAUAUCAACAAUUACGAAGGCUAUUCCCGUAUCAGUAGAAGCUUGUACAUUGCUAAGCACUGUCAAGGUCUGGCCAUUGAAGCCUACAAGACAGCCAUUCAAGACAUUCAACAAAACACACGCAACACAGCUAAAUACACACAUGCAGUCGAGUGUCUGAAUGAAGUGUUACGCAGCACAGGACAGCCUACAAUGCCCAUUGACCAAGAUUGGGUCAAUCAAGUGCAACGAGAGAACAAAUCACUAGCAGAUAGUUUGGAGAAUGAAUUGAAAGUGGCCAAAGCAAAUCUCGCCAAGGAGGAUAUUCGCAUGUGCCAUAUCAAAUUGGGCGACUAUUUUUACAACAAGGGCGACCUUCCAUCUGCCAUGAAGAACUAUGUGCGUACAAGAGAUUACUGCAUGACAAGUCAAAAUGUGUUGGACAUGUGCUUUCAUACAAUCAAGGUCUACUUAGAUGACUGCAACUACUCUCAUGUCGUCCAAACAUACAUCUCUCGAGCAGAAUCCACACCCAAUAUACCUGAUAAAAUCAACACCAUGAGCAAACUCAAAUGCUGCCAAGCUUUAUCCUUAUUAGGCAGAUCAGAAUAUCCCAACCGCUAUCGCUCAGUUGCGUCUGCGCUCUUGGAGGUCUCAUUUGAUUCUGUCAGCUCCUUCAACGACAUCAUGUCUGCCAACGAUGUCGCCAUUUACGGUGGAUUAUGCGCUCUGAUCUUUUUCGACCGACGUCAAUUACAAACACAAGUGCUCAACAAUACCAAUUUCAAAAACUUCUUGGUUUUGGAACCCACCUUGUUGGAACUAAUCGAGUGCUUUUAUAAAUCGAAAUAUGCCACAUGCUUUGAGUUGUUGGAAAAGUACAGACACACGCUGAAAUUGGACAUGUAUCUGGAGCCCCAUUUGGACAACCUGUUGCGUCUUGUGCGUGAAAAAGCCAUGGUUCAGUACUGUAUACCUUACUCCAUCAUCGAUAUGAACAGGAUGGCACAGGCGUUUAAUAUCAGUGUGGAGGUAUUGGAGGAUGAUUUAAUCACUUUGAUCAGAAAGAACAAGAUCUCUGCCCGCAUUGAUAGUCAUAAAAAGAUUCUCUGUACCAAAAAGCAAGAAAAGCGCAGUGAAGCCAUUGAACGUUCUCUGUUGGCAGGUGAUGACUUUGAGAAAUCAUCCAGAGCUCUUUUAUUAAGGCUAAACUUGAUGAAAAGUCAGUUGAUUGUCAAAUAA